AUGGGCAAGAUCGCCGUAACCAAGUCGCUACCGUUCCUCGUCGGCCCGUCGGAGCCGAUGCCGGCGGCCACCCUGCGGCUCACCGGCAUGGACAGCGCUCUCUCUGCUCUUCCCAUCGCCGCGCUCUUCGUCUUCGACCGUCCCGUCGACCAGCCGGCGGAGACGCUGAGGAGGGCGCUGUCCCGAGCGCUGGUCCUCUACUACCCUAUCGCCGGCCGCCUCGUCGACGGCGGCCACGACGGCCUCGGCGUCGCGUGCACUGGCGAGGGCGUGGCGUUCGUCGCCGCGUCGGCGAGCUGCACCCUGCGGGACGCCAUGCUGUUCGAGUCGUCGCGGCCGCCGGCGAUCGCUCUGGAGGAGCUCGCCGUCACCUUCGACGGGAUGUGCAUGGAGGACCCGCCGCUGGUGCUGAUGCAGGUGACGGAGUUCGCCUGCGGCGGGUUCGUCGUCGGGGUCACGUGGAACCACGCCAUCGCCGACGGCACCGGGAUGGCGCAGUUCUUGCAGGACGUCGGCGAGCUUUGCCGCGGGACGCCUUUGCCGUCAGCGGUGCCGCCGACGAGGUGGGACUACUCCCUCCCGGAGCUCCCGCAGGAUGUCAUCUCGUCCACGGAGGCGAUCGUGAGCUGCGAGCCGCAUGACUACGCGUCCUCCUACAUCACCGUCCCCAUGAGCUUCAUCAACAGGGUCAAAGCCGAGUUCAGCCGCAGGGAGGCGCCGUCGCCAUGCUCGUUGUUCGAGGUUGUCGUCGCCGCGAUAUGGCAGUGCCGAGCCCGCGCGACGAUGUCCAGCGACGCCGACGCCGGCGACCCCCUCGUGGUGGUGUUCACCGCGAACGUCAGGAAGCAAGCCCAGGCCAAGCCCGGGUACUACGGCAACUGCUUCACCUUCCAGAUGGCCGUCGCGAGGCGCGGCGAGGUGGCCAACGGCGGCGUGGUGGAGCUCGUGGAGCGGCUCAAGGACGCCAAGCGACGGAUACCGUACACGUUCGAGAUGGACGGACGGCGCCAGCCGGGGGGCGCCGCCGGCGGGGUGCUGAUGGAGGCCCUGCGCCGGGACGACGCGCUACUCGUGUCGAGCUGGUGGAACCUCGGCUUCGACGACGUGGACUUCGGCGGCGGCUCGCCGGCGCGCGUGAUGUACAACAUGGAGCGCAAGAUGGUGCCGAGCUGCUUCCUCUGCGGGAGGAAGGGGAAGGACGGCGUCGGCGCCAUGGCGUUGUGCGUCGGCAAGGAGCACGCGGAGGCGUUCCAUGCCGAACUGGGAAGGCUUCACUGA